GUCCUGACGCCCGAAGCAACGGGUCUAGAACUUUCUCCACCCCCAGUGCCAUGUUGGACUGUGCCACCUCUGACAACGACAGCUCCAGUGCCAGAUGGCAGCCUCUUGUCACGUGUGUUUACAACACGUCAAUCAACAGCCCACACGCCGAGGUCGCGGGUUCGAAGUUCCGCUCCACCAUGACCCCAGCGGCGGAUAUUUUGUUCGGGUGUUACUUGAUUUUAGUAGAGCUCCUGGCUAUCGUGUUCAACGGUUUCGUCAUCGGGAUAUCCAUCUGGAAGCGGAAGUCGCUGAAAGCCAGUGACACCUACGUCGUCUGUCUGGCCGCGUCUGAUCUAGGUCACCCCUUGACCUCCUACCCAAUGAUUAUAGCAUCGUCCUUCCGGCAUUCGUGGAUCUUUGGGGAAGCAGGUUGUCAGUGGAAUGGGUUCACCGGGUUUUUCUUUGGAGUCAACAGCAUGAUGACAUUGGCCGUCAUGAGUCUCAGUCGUCUGCUGGUUAUUACAAACUCUAAUUUUGCACGAAGCCACGCCCGCUCCAUCACAUUGACCUUGAUGCUCAGCAGUGUGGCCUUCUCUCUGUUCUGGGCCGUGUGCCCCAUCCUGGGCUGGGGAGAGUACGGCCCCGAGCCCUACAGGACGUCGUGUACCCUCAUUUGGGAUGAGCCAGAUAAAUCGUUUGUGACGGCCUCAUUCGUUGGAUGCCUCGCGAUUCCGGCGGCCAUUAUGUGCUACAGCUACUUCCGGAUUCUAUGUAUAGCCUUACGUACGAGACACCGAAGGUUACAGUGGGCGCCGCGCAGCCAGGAGAUCAAAAUAUGGGAGAAGAAGGAGCUUCGUUUGUUGAAGAUGACGCUACUUAUGUGCUCGACCUUCAUGCUCUGCUGGACGCCUUACGCCGUGGUCGCCAUGAUCAAAUCCUACGCCGGCCAGCUUCACCUCCCCCCAGCGGCCACCGCCCUCCCCGCCCUGGCCGCCAAAACCUCCCACGUCAUCGACCCCCUCAUUUACUGCGGGAUGAACCGGAACUUCAGCCGGCACUUGACCACGCUUUGGCGUCACCGUAGCAACGUGGACCUGGAGCAGACGACACAGACUAUGCCGCUGAAAAAUUUGAUAACGGAUGUGUGAAGCUUGAUUA